GGUUUGGAUAUUGUACCGCUCAGAACACUCAACCAAAUUGGGCAGAAGGACCGGCCAUGAAUGAUGUACGUCGUCACAAAACUUAUGAUCCAUCUCGCGAUAAACCACCAUUUGUUAAGUUUGAAAAUGACAACUAA